GCUCAGAGCGCCGCUGCCGCAGAGCUCCGGAAGGAGAGGCGCUUUAUUGACAAUAUGGCGAUGAGAGAAAGAGAGGGCUUUCGGCUUUGACAGCGUUGUGAAAUCCGCAGGAAUAAGAGAUUUUUCGUGUGCUCUGUCAGCAGCCGAGUGUUAUGGAUGAAGGGAGCCGGGCAUGUGCGAGAUGCUGUGGCUGAGCUGAGAGUUGGCAGCGAACGUAACCAUGGCGUUUUUCAGACGGAAAGCUAAAGGAAAGGAAUUGGAGAGAGCAGCAGAUGCUAAAGCAGGCAAAGCUCCAGUGUCCCCCAAUUCUCCCUCCCGGAAUCACCAUGCCAUAUUGGAGGCGGCUGGCCCCAGCCAUGUGGCCAUCAAUGCCAUCUCGGCUAACAUGGACUCGUUCGCCCGUGGUCGUACGGCUAUCCUCAAGAAGCAGCCCAGUCACAUGGAGGCAGCACACUUUGGAGACCUGGGGCGCUCCAGUGUGAACUACCAGGCGCAGGAAACACGUUCACGGCUCUCUAAGACAGUGGAGCAGAUCUUGCAUGAUGGUGUGGCCCUGCCGUACUUUCUGCAGUUCAUGGAGACGCGCUCAGCAGAGCACCUUGUGCGCUUCUGGCUGGAGGCUGAGAGUUUCCGCUCUGCUAGCUGGUCCAGAGUCCGCGCCCACAGCCUCAACUCGGUCAAGCACAGCUCCCUGGCAGAGCCUGCAUCUGCUAUUGGCUCUCCCGGCUCCCCGGACUCGCCCUCAGCCCUGUCAGCUUCCCCAGGAGUGGAUGGAGGGGAAUCAGAGGAUCCUUUCCCAUCCCGGAUCCCCUCAAGCCCCCAGGACACUAACUCUAAUGGUGGGGCUGGUACUGGGCACCGGAACUCCAUUUGCUGUGAGGGGGGCCAGAGGCCUGCAACACCCCAGCAACUUUCACUCCGAGUUGAGACGCCGACCCGACUGUCCUCCGUCUCCUCCAGGUCAGGGACGCCGGUUAAAGGCCAGUCCACCAAUGCACUUCGAGAGCUCUCCGACAAGCUAAUGAAGAGUAUAGAGAGGGAUGCUGUCAACAUUUUCACUAAGUACAUAUCUCCAGAUGCUGCUAGGCCUAUUCCCAUCACUGAGCAGAUACGCAAUGACAUUGUUGCUAAAAUCUGUGGGGAAGAUGGUCAGGUGGACCCAAACUGCUUUGUCAUUGCCCAGUCAGUGGUGUUCACCAUGAUGGAGCAACAGCACUUUAGCGAGUUCUUGCGGAGCCAUUAUUUCUGUAAGUACCAGAUCGAGGUGCUGACCAGCGGUUCUGUGUUCCUGGCAGACAUCCUCUUCUGUGAAUCGGCCCUGUUCUACUUCUCUGAGUACAUGGAGAAGGAGGAUGCAGUGAACAUACUACAGUUUUGGCUGGCUGCAGAUAACUUCCAGGUUCAGCUGGCUGCUAAGAAAGGCCAGUAUGAUGGACAGGAGGCUCAGAAUGAUGCCAUGAUCCUUUAUGAUAAAUAUUUUUCACUCCAAGCAACGAAUCCACUGGGCUUUGGUGACUCUGUUCGAAUGGAGAUUGAGUCAAAUAUUUGUCGUGAGGGAGGCCCGCUGCCUGAUUGCUUUACCACUCCACUGCGCCAGGCCUGGACCACCAUGGAGAAGGUCUACAUGCCAGGUUUCCUGUCCAGCAACCUGUACUACAAGUACUUGAGCGACCUUAUCAAUUCUGUACGGGCGGACGAGUUUGUCGGAGGAAACUCCAGCAUGUCUGGUCAUAGCACGACACCGGACAGCGACCGUGGCUCAAAUGCAUCAGAAGGGUCACAGGCUCAGCAGGGUACCAAAAAAGCAGUCAUCAAGAUCCUGAAGAACUUUGAUGAGGCAAUAACUGUGGACAUCGCCAGUCUGGAUCCUGAGUCUCUGUACCAGAGACCAUAUGCUGGAAGAAUGACUUUUGGUAAAGUCAACGAGCUGGGCCAGUUUAUCAGGGAGGCUGAGCCAGAACCGGACAUCAAGAAAUCCAAGGGUUCCAUGUUUUCUCAAGCAAUGAAGAAAUGGGUGCAAGGAAACUCAGAUGAGGCUCAGGAGGAAAUGGCCUGGAAGAUUGCCAAGAUGAUCGUCAACGAUGUGAUGCAGCAAGGACAGCAUGAAAGCCCAGUAGCAAAGUCCACCAAGCUAUGACCCUGUGCUCUGGUGAAGAAGCGAAGCUCCUGCUCUUAGCCUCCCAGCUGCUGCCCUCAACAUUAGAGCCAGACGUCACACCACCUAGAGACAAACUGCACACUGCAUUUACCCAACGGCGAGUUUGAAUGAAGCUAGAACAAGGCAUUCCUGCAUAUCCUUGACCUCCUUCAUAUCAAGUGUAUGAGUGAGUGAGCGAGCGAGUGUGAGCGAAACUGAAAGAGGUGUGUGUGUGUAUAUGCACUCGAGCCAAAUUUGUGCUCACAUGACCCACACUUCCAAUUUUAAGCAUUAUGAAGGCUUUUUGUUUAACACAUGAAGAGGAGCUUGAAUAAAAGAUGAGCAAAAGAUGUGAAUAAACAUCGAGAUGAAU